CUCAACGACUUCAAACUGAAUAUCAAAGUCCAAGCUGUAGUCUAUAGUCUACUCAGCAGGAGCCCAAGGAUAUUUUUUUAUCGUAUGCUCCAGUUCUUUACAAUUUGUUUGAGCAGAGGAACACGUCGGUGAUAUAUUUUCUCUUUAAUUUAUUAUUUCUAAUGUUAUUUUUCUGAUUUUGGGGAUACGUGGAUAUAUUAACCUUCACUGGAUAUCUGCCACUGUCUGCUAUUAAUAGCGGACCAAGAAACAACACAAAAUGGCUUAUCUGCUAUUAACCUGUUUUUUGGCUUUGUUAUCAACAGAACUGGUUGGAUCUUCCGGUGUGUUUGAGCUGAAAGUGCACUCGUUUAGCAGCACUCACAAUGUUUGCAGAAGGUCCAGAGACUGUCAGAUCUUUUUCCGAGUGUGUCUCAAGCACUCACAGGAUGUUAUUUCGCCCGAGCCACCUUGCACCUACGGGACCGGUCUGACAGAGAUCUUCCGCGCUGAUCAGAGUUCCAUCGCCAGUAGCGCGCCGAUUAAGGUCCCCUUUCACUUCAAGUGGCCGGGUACUUUCUCGCUAAUCAUCGAAGCCUGGAACGCCGACUCAACUGAACAGUCUACAGAUAACCACAACAAUCUGAUUAGUCGCUUAGCUACCCGAAGGAGACUAGCCAUUGGCGAAGACUGGUCCCAGGACGUGAAUUUUGGAGAGCAAAGUGAACUGCGUUAUUCUUACCACGUCGUAUGUGACGAGCAUUACUACGGCGACAGCUGCUCCAACUACUGCCGACCUCGUAACGAUACCUUCGGACACUAUACCUGUGACGGAUCUGGAAACCGAGUCUGUCUCACUGGCUGGGAAGGACAGUACUGUUCUGAACCCAUCUGCUCGUCUGGCUGCAGCGACAAGCACGGUUACUGCGAGUCCCCAGGCGAGUGCAAGUGCCGCCUCGGGUGGGAAGGCCCGCUGUGCGACGAGUGUAUGCGCUACCCCGGCUGCCUGCACGGCACCUGCGGGCAGCCCUGGCAGUGCAACUGCAAGGAAGGCUGGGGCGGGCUGUUCUGCAACCAGGACCUGAACUACUGCACCAACCACAAACCAUGCAGGAACGGCGCAACCUGCACCAACACUGGCCAGGGAAGCUACACUUGCGCUUGCCGCCCGGGCUUCAGCGGCAGUAACUGCGAAAUCGAGACGAACGAGUGCGACAGCAACCCAUGCAAGAACGGUGGAAGUUGUAAUGAUAUGGAGAACGACUACUCGUGUACCUGCCCUCAGGGCUUUUACGGAAAGAACUGCGAAAUUAGCGCCAUGACAUGCGCGGAUGGACCUUGCUUCAACGGCGGCACCUGCGUGGAGAAAAUGACCGGGGGCUAUUCCUGCCGCUGCCCCCAUGGCUACAUGGGGUCCAACUGUGAGAAGAAACUGGACCGUUGCAGCAACAACCCCUGCUCAAACGGGGGUCAGUGCCUCGACCUUGGACACAGUGUGAUGUGUCGGUGCCGAGCUGGCUUCACCGGGCAUCGCUGCGAGAUAAACAUCGACGACUGCGCCAGCAGCCCCUGCCGCAAUGCCGGCACGUGCGUGGACGGCGCCAACGACUACGUCUGCACCUGCACGCUGGGCUACACCGGCAAGAACUGCGGCGUGCGCUCCGACGCCUGCAGCCGCUACCCCUGCCAGAACGGCGGCACCUGCUUCACCCACUUCUCCGGCCCCGUCUGCCAGUGCCCGACCGGCUACAUGGGCUCACGCUGCGAGUUCAGGAUCCAGACCACCGAGCCCAAGGGCUUCCCUGUGGCGCUGGCCAUCUCCUUCGCCCUGGGCCUCAUCACUCUCACCCUGGUAGUCUGUGCGGCAGUCUACAUCCUGCGCCAGAUGCGGCGGGGCCGCAAGAGCCUGGGAGCCUCCGUGCGCAACGACCUGGACACCAUCAACAACCGGGCCUCGGCCUUCCCCCGCGAGAAGGAGGCCUUCCUCAUCCCCGGGGGCCCCUACAAGGUCUCCAACAAGGACGUCGCGCUCAGCGCCUCGGAGGUGGCCAGCAAGAACUCCGGCUACAUGCACAAGCCAAAAGACUACAACCUGGCCGAAGAAGAGAGGAAGUCCAGAAGCAAGAUGGAGCAGAAAAAAUCUGAAUCCUGUAUUUUGGUUCCUCCACUAAACUUCCCAAAAGAAGGCCUAUAUCAGCCAGUCUACAUUAUCCCUGAGCAGAUCGACCAAUGUGUUUUUGCUACUGAGGUUUAAUGACAAUAUUCCAAACCUGGAGCACCUCAUCCAGAAGGGACCCUGUCUGGACAUGUUUACAUUUUAUUUUAACAGAUAUUUGAAAGAAAUGAAGAGAGUAUAUAUUAUAUCUAUAUAUUAUUUAUUAUUUAUUGAUGCUGCUCACUUAAAAAAACAAACAAACAAAAAAGACUACUUCUGGGAGGAGUCUCUUUCCAGAGAGGAAAGAAGAAUGAUUGUGGGAAGAUGGAAGUUAUAGGAAACAGGAAGACUGACCGGAAUUAUUUGCACUACAGUUUUUUUUACUUACACAAUUAUUUUCCAGUAUGUUCAUAAUAAAUGAAAGAGUGAAGAAGAGAAGAAAACACAGAAUGCAGAGAACCAAGGAUUUUUUGAAACACAGUAAAUCAGGAUUUUUUAAAAGUUCCAAUGUCAUGCAACUUCCAAGAGCAGUACAACAACAAUGGUGUCUUUCUCUACAGACAGCAGCUCUAAGGGGGGCUUAUAUUUCAACUGAAAACUGCCUUCAAAUUUUACAGUUUUUUUAUUUUCAUUUAGUUUGUAUCUCAUAAUUCUGUGAUCAAGAAGAGUUUCUCCGGAGUACAGCAUUAAUCUCACCAUAGGUGAGAUCUGAGACACCACUUCCUGUAGGGGACAUCCAUGGGAUCCUGAGAAGUCUAUGCUCAAACCGAUAUCUCAGUUUGUGAAAUUAGCCCUUACAGAUGCUUACUUUUCCCAGCAAUGGACGGAUGGAAUUGGAACCGUCCAUAGUAAUGGAUUAAAAUGUUAUCAAUGAUGAUAAUUGUUUAGAAAAUGCUGACUCAGCAAUUGGGUUUCAUUCUAAGAUCCAACUGCUGUGUUUCCAGUUGGACACAUUUCUCCAGUGGAUAUUACCAAGGUGCUGUGUGUAUUAAGCUAAUGAAAGCAUUCCAAGGAAACCCAAUGGGUUACAAUUAAUAAGUGCCUUUUCUUUUCACAAUAUAGAAAUAAUAUAAGGAAAAAAGGUACUGUAUCUAAACACUGAAAAUUGUAAUACCAGCUUAUGUAUACAUUUAUUCCUGUCUGAAAUUUUUGUAUGUAUUUGAACAUCUCUCUGGGAGUAUAUUUUUCUAUAAACACAACACAACUAGCCUGAAUAGUAUUGAUCAUCGUUGUACAAAUGUGUACUUUUUGAUGUGGUCAAUGCCUUUUGUUAAGAAAUAUGUUUGUGUGUAAACAUUCAUCUUGUUUAAUUUACUGGUGAGCUAGAAAGAUUCAUGAUAUUUUGUCAGCUUCUUCCUGUUUUUUUGUUCUUCCAUUCUUUUUUGACGUCCAGUCCCUUAUAUAUUUUUCUCAAAAUGAAGGACUUCAAUGAGAUAUUUUCAUUUUGUUCUUUCUUAUUUUUAAAACCAAAUAUUUUUUCAUCAUUCUGCUUUAUUUUUUAUUAUUGUAAUUAUUAUUUCAUUAAUUUAAUGCAAUGUGUACAAAAGCCUCAAGAUAUCCUUUCUAUAUAAUUUAAGUUUUGUAAAUAUUGUGUAUUUAUAAAGAGAAUUGUAUAUAUGUCUACGUUAUGUGUCUAUUAUUGUCACAAAGUCAGAAUUAUAUAUUUUUCGUAAAUAAACUGAAAAAUACUACCAAUACUGCCA